GAAGUCACCACAAACAGGCAAGUUAAAGAUCAGAGGUCAGGUUAAUCAGGUAUCAACAUCAUAGAAUGUUAACCCCGCCUCCAGCAUUUAUCCCGCUCCUGAGACCUCACUGUCAGGGUCAUGACCCCUUGGACUGUUUAUUUCCGUAUCACCUGCUCAGGUGUGUUUUUGUGUUUGAGGCUCAUUUUCUGCCUCCAGACGUGACUCAGAGGUCACUUUCUUUAACAAAGCUGAGAUGUGAUUGGCUGCUUCACACCCAACCCCGGCCUGAGCUCCUCAGCGGUUUGAGGUUCAGCAGGUGGUGAGGGUGAUUACACACCUGUACACCUGUUAUUACCUGAGUCAGGCUGCGUGACUGACACACACACACACACACAGGCAGGAUAUUGGAUGUUCAUCUUGUUUACUUUACAGUCAGCAGGUAACUAUGUGUGUGUGUGUGUGCGCUCAUCAUCCUCACAGCAGGUGUCAAACAGGUGCGCCAUGGCAACACACCCUCUGGAGAACAGGACACGCCCCCUGCAGUCCACCCGGCCCCGCUCAGACUCGGAGCUGAUCAGACUCGUUGGACUGCGAUCAGAUUCACACACCGACUGAUCAACUCCAGCCAACAUCAGUGUGACCUUUAACCUCUGAAGAGCACAGACUGCUCUGAUAAUCAAUUGAUGAAGGUGACAUCAUGGUUCUUCCUCCCGAUUGGUCCAGUCAGCUGCAGGUUCAGCUGAUGUUAUUUAAGCUGCAGCUCAGGUGUGACUCACAGUGCCUCAGGUAAUCCCGGCAGUCUCCGUGGUGACGACGGGCUCUCAGCUGCUCUGACAGCCUGCUGAAGCCGCUCGUCCUUGGCUCCUCGUUUCAGAAGGAACCAACAGCUGAUCGAUCAGCUGAUCAGAGAGCCUGCAGGUGAUUGGAUCACCUCGGCACGGUGCACGUUCCUGUUCUGCGAGUCCAUGUGAAGAUGGCGGACGCUUUGAGCAUGCUGUACGCCGCUCUCAUGCUGCUGACGAGUGUGGCGUCCACCUGUGGGAACCUCCUCCUCCUGCUGGUGCUCCUGCUGAACAAGGAGCUGCGGUCCAACACGUUGGGCCUCACCCUGAGCUUUAGCCUUAGCGACCUCGUCCUCGGACUUUCCGCCAUCCCCUUCAGCGCGUACAACAGCCUCUCCCAGCCUGUCGGUCACUCCAGCGAGGGCGCCGUCUGUCAGGGCGGCGGCUUCAUCUUCCUCCUGCUGCAGACCGCCUCCCUGCACUCGCUUGCCUGGGCCACCAUCUACAAGUUCACGGAGAUCUGCUUUGCCCUCAGCUUCCGCAGCAUCUGGACGGUGGGGCGGAGCCGGGCGGUGCUGGUCGCAGUCUGGCUGUUCUGCCUGGCCAAUGCCACCAUGCCGCUGUUGGGUUUCGGCAGCUACGCCUACAGCGAUUCGCGGUUCCUCUGCUGCCUGAGCUUCACCCCGGAGAACAGGUACUUUGUGCUGCUGUGGAUGGGGGCAGGCAUCGUAGCGCCGAUCCUCACCAUGUGCUCGCUGUACGGAUACAUCGUGUAUGUGGCCAGGAAGCAGGCCAGGAGGGGAACCUUCAUGUGCAACGAGCUGCACUGUUUCUACGUUCCUGCCAACAACUACCUGAGGAGCUCCCUUGUCAUGGUCGCCACCUCAGUGUGUUUGCUGGUCUGCUGGCUGCCCUACAUCUCUGUGUGUCUGUACGAGACGCUGAGCGGUCAUCAGAGUCCGUCCGUGACCGCCGCCCUCUCCUCCUGGCUGGUUCUGACCAGCGCCGCGCUCAACCCGUGGAUCACCUGCAUGACGCAGACCAGGUACAGGGUGGCGGUGCGCCGAAGUUUCUGCAGGUUCAUUCCGUGUUCCGGGAUGUUCCUGGAGUCCCGCUCCCAGAGCUCCGCUCUCCAUCUACACGCGACCAAUCGUGUCAGCACAACAACAACAAGUACGAGCGCAACACGGCCUCCAUCUUCUCCCAAAACACCAACACCACCAUGAUCCUCCCACCACCAUCACUGGACCUGUGCACUCUGGGAAAUGUAGGCCAUACUUCUCAUCUUGUUCUUCAGUGUGGACGAGUUCUGACGUGAUGUUGUGUUUGAAGACCGCACACUGAUGUUCGGCUGAUGAUCUCCCGCAGUCUCACAACACGAAAUAUUUCCUUCUCCAAAUCCUCCUCCAGUUCAAAUUCAGAGUUACAAACAGUCCGAGCUCUUUCAGCUCCAUUUCAGCAGAGUUGUGUUUAUGCUGACGUGACCACAUCAGCACAGAGUAGACGGAGGAAGUAGGUUAAACUGUUCCAUGGGCUCAGUUACACUGAGCGUUUAAACUCUGAGUUGGAUGCUGUGCUGCAUGUGAACAGAGCUGAUAAACAGCCGGAGACCCUGGGAGUGACGAGCGGCUCGUGCAGCCCAGCAGGAUCGAGGAUGAUGGACAAACUAGGCAGAGCCUGGAAGUCAGCAUCUCCGCCCUGAUGUGUGCACUUUAAAUUCAAACUCAUUUCCUGCCUAUUAUGACUGAGCAUCCUCUUAGAAAGACUGUGUCAGUUUGGCUGCUUUAGUCUUUUGCAGUUUUAAUUUUGAAAGCUGUCCUGAUAAACGGCAAAAAUAAAAUGAUAUUACUUUUAAAAUAAUAAGAGCGAAAAAAAAAACUAAAAAAAAUAAACUGCAAACUUUGUUGUUUUAAACACCAGUUUUAAACACCAGAAUUUCACUAUCAGAACAUCAGUGGUGCUUUUAUUUUGUCAGCUUUAGCUUGAGCUCUUAUUUUCUCAACAGCAGGAUCUAUGACAUCAUCCUGUACCAUGACAUCACUUCAGAUCACUGAACUUUCUUCUAAUUGGUGGAUAUCAAUAAUUCAGAAGCUUCAUGGUGACGUUCAGAAUCAAAGGUCAGAGGUCAGGUGUUAAUACCUGGUUGACGACCUCGAAGUAAAGCGCGAGCGUGGUACUCGGAUCCAGUCCGCAGACCUUCCACUGACAGGUUCCUCCUGUGCCGA